AAGUUCCUGAUUGAUAUAUAAGAAGACUGAGUUCUUGACAUUUUACUUUUCGACAACAAGAUCAUCUCUAAUUCAUUCUUUUCUCAAUCAAGAUGUUGAACCUUUCAAAGACACAGCUUUUGCUGCUCGCCUCUCUUUCUUUGACUGCAGAAGCAGUUCCUACCAAUGAUGCUCGUUCGUAUCAUACAGCAACACCACAAUAGUGCGUUAAAUCCAUCAUUCAUCCGAAUGUGUCCUUGAAAAAGAGACGAAAGUUUACCUUGGAGGUCAUAGCUGAUAACUUGACAGUGAUAUCAUUGUAGUUGGUGGUGGUGCCGGUGGUUUGGGUAAGCUUGAUCAUUUCACUCAUUCCUCUCAUUCCUUUGCCUCAAACGCUACUGUUUUGUGAAUCUUUCGAUUUCAACAUGACGUUUCGUCCUACCUUUGCCUUCGGAAUGUUUCCUUGUCCGGCAUUUGCUAAUUACUCAUCUUGCAGUUGCAUCUACCAAAUUCGCUGAGGCUGGAAUGAAGACCCUUCUCCUUGAGCAUGGUGGACCGAUGUUGUACGUCGACGGAAACAGGGAGAUCCCAGACUGGGCUGCCAAGGCAUACCCAGGCAACAACUUGACGCGUCACGACACUAUGAUGUACUAUCUAGUCAACUACCCAGGUACCGAUCCAAUUGCCAGCAGUUAUUACUGCAGCAAUGUCGCUAGUUUGGCACCAUGUAUGCUCGGAGGUGGAACCAGUGUCAAUGCUGCACAACAAUGGUGGCCUCCCAGGCACUACCUUGACAACACAUUCAAAAACUUCACUGGAUGGACAGGAGAUGAUUUCCAAGACGCUAUCCAGAGAGUCGCAGACCGUAUCCCCUUUACCCCCACCUGGUCGGCGGACAAGAAGGUAUAUCAUGCCUGAUGUUAAGUCAAAGUUGAGGAGACAUGCUAAUAUGAUUAUAGCACUACUACGACCAAGUCUACGAUUUGAUGGGUUCAGUGUUCGAAUCCAUUGGAAUCAAGGAGGUUAAUACCACAACAGAUGUUGAUUCUAAGUACAACACCUAUGGUCGUGAUGUCUUCGCUGCUGUCGGAGGCCAAAGAGGAGGACCACUUCUUGGUUACCUCCAAGGUGCUAAGAAACUUAAGAACUUCACCCUCAAGAUGCACAGCCCAGUGACCAGUGUUGUUCGAACUGGCUCAAAGAUUACCGGUGUUGAAGUCAACGGUACAGUCAUCACAGCCAAGAACGUUGUUCUUUCUGCUGGUGCCUGGAACACCCCAUCUCUCUUGUUUGCAUCUGGUAUCGGACCAGAAGCUCAAUUGACAACUGCUGCCAGCAUCAACUUCACUCAAUACCAAAAGAAGGACUGGAUCAUCAACAACGGUGUUGGUGCCAACCGUGAGUACAAUCCGCUCUCUUUCCCCUGCUCAAAAUGCUUGGAUCCACUUUCCCCCAGCAGUCUUUUUUGAAUGAGCAAUUACUAACCCCCAAUAUUAAAGUCCACGACAACCCACAAAUGAGUAUCACUUUCCAAUACAAGAACAGCUCCGAAAUUCCUUUCUACAGCUUGUCCGGCGUUCUCACCGGCACCAACGUCAUCAAGGCCGAUGCCGAUGAUCUCUACUACCGUCGCACUGGUCCUCUCGCAGCCAACGGCCGUGAGCUCACUGGUUGGAUCAACGUCCCAUACCCCAACGAUGCUACCAAAUCCAUGACCGCUCAAACUAUCUGCUCCAGACCAACAGCUGUCAACGGUAGCUUCACCUGCCAAUUUAACUUGAACGAAGGUCUUCUCAGCCGUGGCAGUGUCGCCCUUGGCAAAGACGGCAACUUGGUAUUCGGUGAGGGUGUCGGCCCAUGGUUGACCAAUUCUUUGGAUAUCGAGCUCUACGCAACCGCAUUGAAGAAGUUCGUCGAUGCCGCCAACGCAUACCCUGGUUUGAACGUCACCAGCCCAGCUGGUACUCACGACUUGUCCUUCUACACCUCAUUUGUCAACCAGACCGGCAAGGUCGGCAACAACCGUAAGUAUUAUUCUUUCAUCUACUCCUAAAUUCUAUGUUAUAAGUUUCCUCGUACUGACAUCUUUUAGACUGGGGUGGUUCCUGCAGUCUCGGUCUUUGCACUGAUAACAACGCUCUUGUCAUCGGCACCCAGAACCUUUUCGUCGUCGAUGGUUCCCUCAGCCCAGCACCAACCACUUCUAACCCAGCUUUCCUCUACGAGUCCAUUGCUGAACUUGCUUCUUGUAGAAUCAUUAGCAAGUUGGGUUUCUAGAUAUUGAUGAAAUAGAGCAACUCAUACAGGAAGAUGCCUGCUAUGAGUUCAAGAGACGGUUUAUGUUGACGUUGUAAAGAUCCACUUCUUGUAUAUCACCUUAGUUACCUUAGAGAAAUUAAUAUGUACAUAUCUUCUAAUCGCU